AUGCGUCGAAUAGGUCUUCUUUCAGCGCUAUUGCUGUUGAGUGCUGCGUUUGCGGAACAGGGGUUGCGUCGAAAGCGUAAUUUGCUCGAUAUUCAAGUGGAAUCGGAGAUCCAUCAUGAGAUGAUUUCCCCGUACAACGAGCUUGUCCUUGAUGAUUUUCUUUGGGGAGGCCGCAAGCUCAUGAAGGUGGAUGGAAAGAGCAAAUCGAAAGGUACAAUGGAUUCUUUCAGUGCCAUGGCCCUGAAAUCAACCAAGAGUCCAAAGAGCACGAAAGCUGGAUUGAAUUCCCCCCAAAUGACGACUGUUGGAAUCGGAUCAUUUUCGCCGAAGUCCAAGAAGAAGAGUCAGAAAACAGAAGAUUGUUACAGCGACGUUUUUGGGUACUUGUUUUGCGACUCUUCUAUGUCUUUCAUGUCGAUGUCGGUCUCAAUGUCAAUGGUAGCGACUCCAACAAUGCCAACGAAUCCGACGACGCCAACCACUCCAAUAGCCCCGCUUACUCCAACAGCCCCGUCGACCCCAUCAACACCGACGACGCCGACCGCUCCGACAACACCGACCUCUCCAACAGCACCGACGGCACCGACAUCGCCAACAGCACCAACGGCACCGACAUCGCCAACAGCACCAACGACACCGACAAUUCCAACGGUCCCAACACAAGCGCCGAUCGAUGGGUGUAGUAGCCUCCCGCGCGAUGAAGCUUUGAGGACUCUUGUUGGUGCUAUUACUGACGAAACUACGCUUGCUGAUUCAACCUCUCCGCAAGGACAGGCUUACCAAUGGAUGCUUAACACUGACCCUGCCAGUCUCGAUCCUUGUACUGACGACAAUGUUUUGCCUCGGUAUGCUUUGACAACGUUCUACUUUUCCAGCAGUGGAGCUUCCUGGACAAACAGCUCUGAUUGGCUCAGUGGCAUUUCGGAGUGUGCGUGGUAUGGCGUUGUAUGUAGUAGCACCGGAACCGUUACGGAAAUUGCUCUGUUCGAAAACAAUCUUGCCGGUACUCUUCCAACCGAACUGGAGGCGCUGACUGACAUGCAAAGGCUGGACGUCUUCGACAAUGAGCUCGGAGGACCGAUUCCAAAUAUUCUUUCCAAGUGGCCUUUCCUCGCAUUCUUCGAUGUUGAAAAGAACCAGCUCACAGGAUCGCCCUUUGUGGACGCGAUCGGUCUUUUUAAUUUGCAGUCCUAUCGUGUCUCGCUGAACGCCUUUGUAGGCGGUACGAUCCCAGCUGAUUUGGUUGAUAAGUUCCCAAACCUGGUCGAGCUUUGGCUAUCCAACAGUACUAUGAUUGGCAGUAUCCCAACAGAGAUUGCGCUUAUGGACAACCUUCAAUCUAUAUUUUUAUACGGCAACUCUUUGACUGGAACUCUUCCUUCCGAACUAGGUCAACUCAAUCUCGAGCGUUUGCAAGUUCAAGACAACAUGUUUGCUGGAAGAAUUCCCACAGAAUUGUUCCGCAGCACCAACCUUGCUGAUUUGCGACUUGAUACGAACAAACUUGCUGGUCCUAUACCUAGCGCGGUAGGCGCCUUGACCAACUUGAUCGACUUGCGAUUGAACAACAACGUGCUGACUGGGACACUGACCACCGAAAUCUCUCGUCUUUCCAAUCUCGUCUUUUUUGUCCUUCAAGACAACCAGCUCACCGGGACGUUCCCGGACGCGUUCGAGCCGUUCCAAGCCUUGCAGUUCGUCGAUGUGUCCGGAAACAACCUGACCGGCCCCUUGCCGCGUACCGUGUUUGACGUUCCCGUGAUUGAGAUUCUGUACUUUGACGACAAUGCGUUCACGGGAACAAUCCCGGGCAACUACGCGAAUGCCUCGAGCCUCCGCGAUCUGUGGCUCAACGACAACCAACUGACGGGCACCAUCCCGCCAACGCGUCCCGCUGAGCUCGCGAGUCUCGAGGAAUUCCGUUUGGACGGGAACAACCUGGUCGGGACUGUGCCGUUAUCAUUGUGCGCGCUGCCUUCGAGCACGGCCUUGACGGCCGAUUGUGGGGGUCCGUCCCCGGCCGUCGAAUGCGUAUGCUGUACCUUGUGCGUGGCGUAA